AUGGCUGGAGAAUAUAGAGGAGAUAAAGUUUGCCAAAGAGUAAUAUUGUCGGCAUCAUUCAUCGGAGGCCCUAGAGAUAUGCGUCGUAGGUAUAUGGAUGCAAUGGCUUUGGUUCAACAUUUUGGAAAAUCAGAUUUAUUUAUCACAAUGACAUGUAAUCCCGAUUGGGCGGAGAUCCAGGAAAAUCUAUGCGAAGGACAACUUGCACAAGAUAGACCAGACUUAGUGACUAGAGUUUUUAGGGCAAAAUUACAAGAUUUAAAGGAUCAGAUUUUCAAGAAAAAAAUAUUUGGUCCUGUUGCGGCACAUAUUUUCGUGGUUGAAUUCCAAAAAAGAGGCCUACCACACAUACACCUUUUGAUAAUACUUGAACAAGGGUACAAGAUAACAUCAGCAGACCAAUAUGACAAGUUUAUUUCUACGAAACUUCCUGAUGAAGAAGAAUGUCCACUCUUGCAUGACUUAGUUGUCAAGCAUAUGAUGCAUGGUCCAUGUGGAAAACAUCAUCCAACAAAUUCAUGCAUGAAGGAUG